AUGGCAAGGCAUCAUGAACGUCUUGUGCAAGUCGCUCGUGAUUGCUUUUUCGAUGUUUUUCGGCCCAAGCACGGGUGUUGCGGACAUCUUUGCUGCUUCCUGCAUUAUUGCUGCCGGAUGUCGCGGACGUUCGGGAUUUGCCCUACGUAUUUACCGUUAUGGGGUCUUUUGACCUGGUUUGGCUGGGAAGCAGCGACGGCUUCCGAAGCUUGUCCGGCACAAGGCUCCAACUUGCUGCAACGCGCGCGCAUCGGCGGCCUGGUUCCAGAGACUGAGGAGCAUGCGCCUUCCCCUUUGCCCGCCGCGACAAACUUUUCUCUUCCCUGGUGGGCACUGCGAACGCUGCCGGGUCUUGAACACAGGGAGUGCAAACCAGACACGAUGCUCUUAGAAGCUACACAAGCGGGGGUGGUGAAGCCUACUUCGACGAUUCAGUACAUUCGUGGUGCCACCGCGAGUGACGUGCCGUUGGAGUGCUCCAAGCAUGAAAUGCUUUUGAACAACUUCCGCGAGGGCAAGGUUUACCAGCAGUGCUGCCCUGCAGUAAGUCUUGCUUGUGCGGGCUGUGUCGAGUAUGACGCCGCCACGGACUCAUGCUCCUCAUGUGCAUCCGGCUUCGCUCCAUACGUUCCCAAGGACGGCAACCAGACAACAUGUAAGCUCUGUAGUGACAUUCCAUGGCAAGACUCAUGGGGCUUCGGCUGUCAAGAUUACGUGGAUGGCAACUCUUGCGCAGCAGGGCAGAUCAAGGCGAACAACAGAGCUGACCACUUGGUAGACGCCGAGCGUGUGCACAGCGGAAUGUCCGCCAGUGAGGCCUGCUGCGCCUGUGGCGGUGGCAGUCGCCAGGAAGUGCCUUUCAGUUAUCCCGCAGUGCACAUCCCGUGUGGGAAAACGGCAGUGUCUGCGCUCCCCAUCCCAAGACUGGAUGUCACCUAUGUCACGGAGAACUGCGCCUUCCACAGCAUGAACUUGACUAUGGACAGCCGCAACGGGCACGUGUUUGGGGAGAUUUCCACCCACGAGCCCCAGUCCAUCUCGUGCGAGAUCGCCAGCGACAGCCGCAAGGGGGCAGGUACUUCUGCAACUUUACAAGUUCACAUCGCCCACUUCGCAUAUUCGCAAAGCGUCCUGACCUUCACCGAGCUGAACCAGAGCUUCCUUCCAGGUUUUCAGGGCCGCUACCAGGACUUCCGGCUGCGCUGCACGCCGGAUCUGCCCUGGGCUGGCAUAGACAAGGCCACGGGCCGCAUCUCUCAGACAAGCUCCAACCCGAUGCCAAGAACCGGGGAAUGCACCGUGAGCGCCAAAGGCUGUAUGGAUGAGGCCUCUGGAAACUGCACGGAGGUGACGCGUUCCACGGAUGUCGUUCUGGUGGCCGGCAACGAGGCCUCGGAGCUCUUCGUGGUGCGGGAAGACCGACGUUGGCUUCGCGUGGACGAAGUGAACCUGACGAUGGGCCGCCCCACGAGUGGCUUCCGCUUGGCGAGCGCGCGGAGCGCGGACGAUUCGGCCUUGAUCGACCCGCCUUUGGCCUACCACGUGGACUGUGGGCCCAACACCAGCUUUGUGGCCCAGACGGGGGCUCUGUCCUUCAAGGGCCAGGAGGUCUUCCACCUGGCUGUGGGUGGGAAGUUUGCUGGGGAGCCGCAAGAGGGACUACUCCAGGGUUGCAGGAACGAGGCGAGGCGCUGCCAGCUGAAGCUCAGCUGCCAAGUCUACGGCGUGCUGCCCUUCAGCAAAGCGCUGCUCAUGGCUCAGUUCAAGGUCACUGUGACGGACAACACCUGUUGGACACCAGCCAGCGACCCGGAGCAUUUCCUGGCCAAGGGGCUCUUGGCCAACUCGUCCUCGAAUGCCUCGAAGACCAUCUCGACCUGCCGCUCCAGAUGUCGGAACGAUGCCUCUUGUGCUGCCAUUGGUCUGGAUGGGCAGGGGAACUGCCACAAGGUUGUCUAUGCAAGUGAGAUCCAGUCCGGGAAGAAUUUCUCCUGGGUCCACCAGAAAGUCACCGAUUGCGACCCUCUGAACCAAUGCUUGCUUGUGCAGGUGCCGGGCGAGGCCUUCAUGUCGGGGCAGUACUGCCCCGUCGCAGCGCAGAACCCCAGGCCCGUCUACAGCAUGAAGGGUUUCGACAGCUCUUCCACCCUCUACUUGCACUGGUCUGAAGAGAACGUGGAGGUGGCGGCCGGAUGCGGCAAAGGCGAUCGGUUCGUGAUCCGCAGAGCCUCCGAGGAUGACUACCUUGGCCAAGACCUGGAAGGAAGGUCCAGUGUCGAGCUGCGCGGCGAGAAGCUCUGGUGCUUCUCGGGGGACGUGCUCUUUGAGGCCUUCGAUGGAGACGGGGCGGUGACCGGCCAGUCCGUCGACGGCGCCAACGCGACGGUGGCGGUGAUUGACUUAGAAAAAGUUUGA